GGCAUAAAAGUUGAACUGGGUGUCAAAAGUUGUUUUUUCCAUUUAUAUAGAUGUAAUAAAGCUCGUAGAACUGAUCAUGCCAAGCCAUGGAAAGAUACCGAGGGAUGACAUCAUACAGUUCAAGAAUUGUCGUCUACUUCGAGAUCAUAAACUUAUAAUAGAUGAUCUUUGGGUGCGCAAUGGCAAAAUACUCAAUCCAGAAAAGUUGUUCUUUGAUGAAAAAACAUACGCUGAUGUACAGAUUGACUGUCAAGGAUGCAUCAUUGCACCAGGCUACAUUGAUGUACAGAUUAAUGGUGGCUUUGGUCAUGACUUCUCCACUUCAACAGAAAAUGUUCUUGAUGGCUUAGAAAUGGUUGCUAAGGGAUUAUUGCCUCAUGGUGUCACAUCUUUCUGUCCAACAAUUGUCACCUCUCCACCUGAAAUUUACCGACAGAUAUUACCAAGGAUGAAACGUUUUAAUGGUGGACCACAUGGAGCAGGAAAUUUAGGGGUGCAUAUAGAAGGCCCAUUUAUUAGCAAAGAAAAGAAAGGUGCCCAUCCUGAGAAUUUCAUAUUAGACUAUGAAAAUGGAUGGAAGGAUGUCAUGGCGAUGUAUCAUGACCUCACAAACGUUGCCAUAGUGACUGUAGCACCAGAGAAGGACUGUACUGAUGAGGUCAUCAAUGAAUUUAUAAAACGCGACAUUGUGGUUUCAGUUGGACACUCCAUGGCUAAUCUGAAGGCAGGAGAGAAAGCAGUUCAGGAGGGUGCUACCUUUAUUACACAUCUCUUCAAUGCAAUGUUACCUUUCCAUCACCGGGAUCCACAUUUAGUAGGCCUACUGACAAGCGAUAAAAUACCUGAAGGAAAGACAGUAUUUUUCGGCAUCAUAUCAGAUGGCAUUCACACCCACCCAGCAGCCCUGAGGAUUGCCCAUCGAGUACAUCCCCUGGGGUUGGUAUUGAUCACCGAUGCUAUCCCUGCUCUAGGCCUAGAGAAGGGCACACAUAGGAUAGGUCAACAGGUCAUGGAGAUUAAGAACAACAAGGCUGUUAUAGCAGGCACAGAUAUAUUAUGUGGGAGCAUUGGUUCAAUGAAUGAAUGUGUUCAGCAUUUCUUUGAGUCAACAGAGUGUACUCAAAUAGAAGCACUGGAAUGUGCCACCUUACAUCCUGCACAACUGUUGAAGAUUACAGACUCUAAAGGAACUCUGGACUAUAACACAGAUGCAGACUUCAUCUUACUCAAUGAUAAGCUAGAUGUCCUAGCAAACUAUAUAGAUGGCCAGCUGGUCUGGGAAGGAGAUAAAGCUCCAAAGCGUCGUGUGACACAUAUUAAAAAAUAAAAUAAAUUUGAGGUUUUCCCAUGAUUAUGGGUUACCAGAACCCCUCUUAUCUGUCAUUUGUAAGGAAUACAUUGCGAUUACUACGCUCCAUUUGUUUUUCAACUUUCUCUCACAAACGACAGAUAGGAGGGGGUCUGCUAAACCAGAAUGUUUCUAGAUUAUCUGGAUGUGGUUUUCCUGUUGAUUCUUUUUAUAUCUGUUGUGUCUAUCAGGUUGGGCUUAAGUGGGAAGUGUGUGGACCUGUACUGUAGUAAAAGAGGAAACCACGAUAUUGAUGAAAUGCACAUAUUGUAUAAUAUUAUAUUAUGUUAUUAUGUCACCACCACAAGAGGUG